CCCAAUCCCAACCCAACCCCACUAUUUCUUUCUCAAAACCUCUCUCUCUUUUUCUCUCUGAAACAACCAUAGUUUCUAUCUUUUUUCUUUCAAUGGCGCUUAUGUUAGAUAAUUGUGAAGGUAUUUUACUAUCACUUGACUCUCAUAAAUCAGUACCUGCACCAUUUCUCACCAAAACUUACCAACUCGUUGAUGAUCCCGCUACUGACCACAUAGUCUCUUGGGGUGAAGAUGACACUACCUUCGUCGUUUGGCGUCCUCCUGAGUUCGCUCGUGAUCUUCUACCUAACUACUUCAAGCACAACAAUUUCUCCAGUUUUGUCAGACAACUCAACACUUAUGGUUUUAGAAAGAUUGUACCAGACAGAUGGGAGUUCGCCAAUGAGUUCUUCAAAAAAGGAGAAAAGCACUUACUGUGUGAGAUCCAUAGAAGAAAAACUGCUCAGCCGCAAGUUGCUAUAAAUCAUCAUCAUAAUCAUCAGCAUACACAUUCUCCACUGAUGAAUGCACCAGGUUUCUUUCCUUUUCCAAGCCGAGUCAGUAUCUCACCAUCGGACUCAGAUGAGCAAGCCAACUGGUGUGACUCACCGCCACUGGCUUCACCAAGAGGAGGCACUGGAAUUUCAAUCAUGGGCGGUGGUGGUUGUGGGUAUAAUAGCUCAGUUACAGCCUUGUCCGAGGAUAAUGAAAGACUGAGGAGAAGUAAUAAUAUGCUAAUGUCUGAGCUUGCACACAUGAGAAAACUUUACAAUGAUAUUAUCUACUUUGUGCAAAACCAUGUUAAGCCAGUUACUCCUAGCAAUUCUUACCCUUCUUCUUUACUUGUUUGCAACACACCAUCAGCUACUCCUAUUGGUGCUAAUGCUUCACUAGUGCAAAAGCCAUUAAAUCAGCUCCUUGGGUAUUAUCCUAAUAACCCUAAACAAGGUCCUCAGCCUCAUGUUUUGAACUCUCCUAGUAAUACAUCACAAAGUUCUUUGACGAUUCUUGAAGAAACCAACAACCAUAGCUGUAAAAUGAAAUUGUUUGGUGUACCUCUACAAUCCAAGAAAAGAUUGCACCCUGAGUAUGCUUCUAAUCCAGGAAAUAUGGAGACCAACAAGGUUCGUUUGGUUUUGGAAAAGAAUGAUUUAGGGUUAAAUCUCAUGCCUCCUUCCACAUGUUAGUUUCUUUAAAUCUAUUGAAGAUUAUUAGUAGCUCCUUUUUUUUUUUUUCUUUUUUCUUUUUUUGCUUCAUUUUUUUUUUUCUUUUUAUGAUUUGUCUUUGUUCUUCUUCACUUCUUGAGUCUGAAUAUCUGAUAAUAGUGUUGAUGAAACAUGUGUGUGCGUGCGUGUGGGUGUUUGUGACUAUGUAUAUAACUUUAUGUCGGUAGUAUCUUUGUUCCCCCGCAGCCAUGAAUGCAAGUGGGUUUUGGUUAGACUGAAGUAUCAAAAGCAAGUUUAAAUUAAAUCGCCAACACCAUCUUACUCUUUUUGAUGUUCGUCUAUUUCAUU